GCGACUGCAGAGGCGCUGCGCCAAGCCGGGCCGGAGUCGUGCGAGCCGGCGGGACUGCGGUGGGCGAGUGGACCCAGCCCCGGGGACACCGCCCAUCCCACCCCUCACCCGGACCCGCAGCCUCAUGGCCAUGUCCUUGCCGGGGAGCAGACGGGCCUCCGCUGGAUCCCGCAGGCGCACCUCUCCACCUGUGAGCGUGCGAGACGCCUACGGCACCUCUUCCCUCAGCAGCAGCAGCAACUCCGGCUCCUGCAAGGGCAGCGACAGCAGCCCGACACCCAGGCGUUCCAUGAAGUACACGCUCUGCAGCGACAACCACGGCAUCAAGCCCCCCACCCCGGAGCAGUACCUGACGCCGCUGCAACAGAAGGAGGUGUGCAUCCGGCACCUGAAAGCCCGGCUCAAGGACACACAGGACCGGCUCCAGGACCGGGACACGGAGAUUGAUGACCUGAAGACACAGCUAUCACGCAUGCAGGAGGACUGGAUCGAGGAGGAGUGUCACCGCGUGGAGGCCCAGCUGGCCUUGAAGGAAGCCCGCAAGGAGAUCAAACAGCUCAAACAGGUCAUCGACACAGUCAAGAACAACCUGAUUGACAAGGACAAGGGGCUGCAGAAGUACUUUGUGGACAUCAACAUCCAGAACAAGAAGCUGGAGACGCUGCUGCAUAGUAUGGAGGUGGCCCAGAACGGCACGGCCAAGGAGGAGGGCACCGGGGAGUCGGCGGGCGGCUCCCCAGCCCGCUCCCUCACCCGCAGCUCCACCUACACCAAGCUGAGCGACCCAGCCGUCUGUGGCGACCCCCAGCCGGGAGAUCCCCCCAGCGCCUCGGCUGAGGAUGGAGCCGACAGCGGCUUCGCGGCUGCCGACGACACCCUGAGCCGGACGGACGCCCUGGAGGCCAGCAGCCUACUGUCAUCUGGGGUGGACUGUGGCCCUGAGGAGGCCUCGCUGCACAGCUCCUUCAGCCUGGGUGCCCGCUUUCCUGCCAGCAACACCUAUGAGAAGCUUCUGUGUGGCAUGGAGGCCGGCGUGCAGGCCAGCUGCAUGCAGGAGCGGGCCAUCCAGACAGACAUGGUCCAAUACCAGCCUGACCUGCACACCAUCCUGGAGAAAGUGAGCCAGGCCCAGGGGUGCGGGAGAGUCCCUGAAUGCCGGCAGCCGGAUCCCCACCCCCCAGAGCCUAGAGACCCCAACUCGGCAGUGGUGGUGACAGUGGGUGAUGAGCUGGAAGCCUCAGAGCCCAUCACUCGAGGACCCACUGCCCACCCACAGCCAGGAUCCAGCCCCAACCCCGGGCUGUCUGUGAGCGUGGUGUGCCCCAUGGAAGAAGAGGAUGAGGCCGCUCCCGCCGCAGCCACGGCCGAGAAGGAGCCUAAGAGCUACUGGAGCCGCCACUACAUCGUGGAUCUGUUGGCCGUGGUGGUGCCAGCGGUGCCCACGGUGGCCUGGCUCUGCCGCUCCCAGCGGCGCCAGGGCCAGCCCAUUUACAACAUCAGCUCCCUGCUGCGGGGCUGCUGCACCGUGGCCUUGCACUCCAUCCGCAGGAUCAGCUGCCGCUCUUUGAGCCAGCCGGGCCCCAGCGCAGCGGGCAGCGGCUCCCAGCUCUGAGCAGGCGGGUCUAGGCCAGCACUGACCACUGAUUGUAGUGAUGCUGUUCGUCCUCCCCUUCGCACAGCGCCAUGGGCAUCAU